GGCCGGCAGCCAUGUUGGCUUGCGCUUCUCCGUCUCUGUGAGAUUCCAGGUGUGGUAUAGGGAGAACUAGUCCAGUCCAGGCAGCUUGGGACCUACAGUGACCAUCUUGCACAUCCCUGCAAUCACAAGGAUUUUAUCUGCACUGACAGGCAAACCAUUCAUCUGCCUCCAGACUGCCUAGUGGCUCUGCUUCCACUCCUUUUUACUAAAGUGGCUUUUUGGGUUUAGAGAGGACUUUCACUUAGAAUUUCAAAAGCUGGAGCAAGGAAAUGUCAAUGGAGUUCUUUGAUUUCUGUACUUCUGUGUUGGGACUUGUUGAAGUUGAACAUCUGAAAUCCACGUGAGUGUAAAAUUGUCUCAGUCUGUUUCUAAGUUUUAAGAGUUGAAAGUGUGAUUUUUUUCCUUACCAAGCCAGGUUUCACUAUCUGGUGUUUUCAAAAGUGAUUAUUUUGCUUUUUCUUGCACUAACUCACUGAAGGUAAAUAAGUUUGUGUUACUUGCUGCUUAUUGUCUUACUGUGCUGCAUUCUCUGUAGAACUUAUCACCUUGACAUCAUAUCGACUCGAUGGCAACAGAUUUGGUCUUAGGUUUUUAUUUACUGUCCACACCAAAGAAUUUACGAUCUAUGUGUAUCCAGAUAUUUUGUUCACCACUGUAUUAACUUUGACCACAUGAAGUAGGCUUUGUGUCAGCAUUACCUAAAUCAAUUUCAUAAACGAAGGAGCCAGAGGGAAGGGCCUGAAGGGAAGCAGUCUUGCCUGAGAUACAGGGCUUUGCCUGAAGGAGCUCCAGGAUGUCUGAAUCUCCUCCUUAGUAUGCAACAGAGCUGUAGAUCAUCCAUGGUGUUAUUGCAGAAUAACAGCAAAACUGUAAGCAUAGGAACAGAAAAGUAGUUUUCAGGAAUCUGGACUUCAGAGGCAUAUUAGUCCUGCAUUCUGGCCCUAGGUGAGUAACAUUCCAAUUUUGUAGCAUUGAAUAUGUGAUUUAUUGUCUGUAACUUUCCUUAGUUCUGAAUUACUUGAGAUAAUUCUUGCUUAGGAGAAUAAUUAUGAGAGUAAGUAAGCUAGUGUGUCAAGCUUUUUGCUGAACCUUUCGCAUAUGUACAGUAGUUGUUCAGUAAAUGGAAUAUUUUAUUAAUGUAUUUUAGUAAUGAAUGUUAUGGUUUUUGAUGUCUUUAAAAUAUGUAAUCUGGCCCACUGCAAUGGAGGAAACUUGAAUUUUGGCUGUGGGUCAGAUUGUCGUGACACCAUCGUAUCAGGAUUGGUUAGAGAUAAUCUAGCCCACUUCACUCCCUGCCCUGAGUAGAGGAGCCUUCCUGUUCUAUAGCUACUGUGCUUUUCAGCCCAGUAGUAGCAUAAAAAAUGUAGUGUUGCAGCAGUUUUUGCCAUCGCAAUAUAUGGAAGCCAAUGGGUUCGUGUUAUUUCACACAGACCGGUCUUACAGUCCAAGGGACGCUAGUCGUCAGAGGUUGGGUAGUGAUGCUUGUGUUUCUACCAGGAGUUGCAAAUGCGAAAAUUUUUGGAGUAGAGCCUCUAGAGCUCUGGUAUGUAAAUCUGUUUCCUAGGAUUCACAGGCAAUUUAACAGCUAAUUUCUCUGCACUUUGGUUAGCUUACUUAUGAAAUGAUUUUUUUUGUACGUAUGAGAAAGGAUAAAACAUUCGCCAGUUCAGCAAUAAUUUGGUGAUAUUGAUUACAUUUAUCAUGGUUUUUUCAGAGAGAGGGCUCUUCUCUUACGUUAGCCUGUGUUUCUGUGGGUGACUGGUGUAUGUUGAGAUCGGUCACUAACAAGUGGUGUACAGUAGUAUCAAGUCUCAGAAGUUUAAUAAUUGUGGGGAGAUCUGGAUUCUCAUGUUUUGUGUUUCACCUGAACUGUUUUUUUUUUUUUUUGAUACUUUUGGUUGAUUCCAUGAAGGGAACAGAGAAGAUGACAACGCAUUUGCUAAAUUAUUGAAAAACAGGUGACACAUAUAAAAAUGAAUAAUUCUCAGAAUAUUCUAUUUUCAGCAGGUGGUUUUGUCACCUCCUGAUUACUUGGAGUUUUUCCAAGAAAACACAACCUUCUCAGGGGCCUUGGGUUACCAGUUUGUAUGGGCAUCUGGGCCUCCCAUGGAUGGUAGUGGCAAAAGGAAAAGUUGCCAGCCCUGCAGUGUUUCCUUGUUGUUAAUAUCUCAUCAGGCUUUCUCCCUGUGGUUCAUGUUUUGCUGAGAGUUCUGGUGGGUUUGUGGAAGGAUGUAAAAUUCAUUUUUUCACAAGGAAGUGACGUGAAUGUGGAGAUAAGACUUUCGUUUGUAGAGCAUUUCUCUAAUUUUUGCUAUGUGUCCUGACUGUUCUAGACCAUAAAGAUGAAGAAUAAGGCUGGAAUUGGUCACAGUUAAAGUAUGGAGAGAGAAGCUCAGUUCAGUGUGUUUGGAAUACUGUUAAGUCUGUAAGACAGGGUGCAGUAAGUGAGGAAGUGAGUGUAGACUAUGAAGGGACAAGGCUGUUGGCUAAAUCCUAGAGUAGAUUUUGGUAGAACAUAGAACCUUUUGUUUAAUCCCUAUGAAUUUUCAGUGCCCCCAGACUGUCAGCUUCACCCAUCGUUUUGCACACAUUGGGGUAUGUAGUACCUUGCUGAACCAGAAAAUGUGGCAUGUUUUAGGACUCAGUGGUCAUUGAGGAUGUGGCCGUGGACUUUACCCAGGAAGAGUGGGCUUUGCUGGAUCUUGCUCAGAGAAAACUCUACAUAGAUGUGAUGUUGGAAACCUUCAUAAACCUGGCAUCAGUAGUUUCUCGAAACCUUAGUGAUGGAAAAACGUUUUCCAGUGAACAUACAAUAGUGCGAUUCAUGAAGAAUGACAGCUGGUCCUCCGUGUUAGGAGACAUCUAUGAAUUGCAUGGCAUUGAAGACAAGCAUAAUGACCAGGGGAGUUAUUUGAGAAGGCAUAUGGUAGAGAAGUUCCAUGAAAAUAAUGAAGGUAAUCAUUGUGGAAAAUUAAGUCAGCUGCCAAAGCUUACUGUGUUCAAAAGAACUCCUACUGAGGUAAAUCCUGAGUGCCUUGAAUGUGGAAGAGCCUUCAUAGAUCAUUCAUCACAUAGGCAUUGUAUCAGAUCUGGAUGCAAAAAUACUUGUCAGUGUAAGAAAUGUGGAGAAGCCUGCAGUUGUCCUUACCUCAGCGCUCCUGUGAAUAAUCUUAGUAGAGAGAAACCUUAUGAAUGUAACCAAUGUGGGGGAGAUUUCUGUAGCGUCCCAUCUUUCCAGACACAUGUGAGAGGUCAAAAGGGUGAGUAUAAAGAAUAUUGGAGAAUCUGUCCCUCAUCACUCACUUUACAUAAAAAAGUUCAUAAUGGAGAUAAGCCUUAUGAGUGUAAGGAAUGUGGCAAAGCUUUUCGUCAUUCCUCAGCCCUCAUUACGCAUAUAAGAACUCACAGUGGAGAGAAACCUUAUGAAUGCAAGGAAUGUGGAAAAGCCUUUAGUGACCCUUCAUCUCUCACUACACAUGUAAGAAUUCACAGUGGAGAGAGGCCUUAUGAAUGUAAGGAAUGUGGGAAAGCCUUUACUAAUUCCUCAGCCCUCACCAGACAUAUGAGAACUCACAGUGGAGAGAGACCUUAUGAAUGUAAGGAAUGUGGGAAAGCCUUUAGUGAUUCUUCAUCCCUCACUGCACAUAUAAGAAUUCACAGUGGAGAGAGGCCUUAUGAAUGUAAGGAAUGUGGGAAAGCUUUUAGUAUUUCUUCAUCCCUCACUACACAUAUAAGAACUCACAGUGGAGAGAGGCCUUACGAAUGUAAGGAAUGCGGGAAAGCCUUUAGUGGUUCCUCAGCUUUCACUACACAUAUAAGAACUCACAGUGGAGAGAGGCCUUAUGAAUGUAAGGAAUGUGGGAAAGUCUUUAGUCAGUCCUCAUCUCUUAUUACACAUAUAAGAACUCACAGUGGAGAGAGGCCUUACGAAUGUAAGGAAUGUGGGAAAGUCUUUAGUAAUUCCUCAGCCCUCACUACCCAUAUAAGAAUUCACACUGGAGAGAAGCCUUACGAAUGUGAGGAAUGUGGAAAAGCCUUUAGUCAUUUCUCAAAUCUCACUAAACAUAUAAGAACUCAUAGUGGAGAGAGGCCUUAUGGAUGUAUGGAAUGUGGGAAACUAUUUAGUCGUUCCUCACACCUUAUUAGACAUAUAAGAACUCACAGUGGAGAGAGGCCUUAUGAAUGUAAGGAAUGUGCGAAAGCCUUUACUGAUUCCUCAUCCCUUACUCGACAUACAAGAGUUCACAGUGGAGUGAGGCCUUAUGAAUGGAAGGAACGUGGAAAAGCUUUUAUUCACGCCUCAGUCCUUAAUGAACAUCAUUAACCUCACAGUGGAGAGACUUUUUGGUUGUAAGGAAUGUGGGAAAACCGUUCCUCAUACUUCCUAUGUCACAACACAAAAGAAGUCAUAGCGGAGGAAACUAUGAAUGUAAGUAAUGUGGAAAAGUUUUUAGUCAUUGCUCUUCUUUCUGUAGACAUAUAACUUAAAGUGGAGAGUAUCUUUCAUGGAUGUAAGAAAUGUGGUAAAGUCUUCAGGUAUUUUUCAUCCUUUGGAGCAUGUAAGUAGGUAUACCAGAGAGAAGCAAUAUAAUUUUAAAUAAUAUUGGAUAGCAUUCAUCUAUCAUCUUUGCCCAAAUCUGAAAGUAGAUACAUGGUACAGAAACCAUGUAAUUGUAAGGGUGGUAAAAUUUUUGGUUUUCUUCCCAUAGUUUUAAAGACAGUCAAAUUCACAAUCAUGGAAAAACCAAAAAAACCAAACCAGUUGUUGAGCCCAUUUUGACUCAUGGCGACUCUAUAGGACAGAGUAGAACAGCCUUAUAGGGUUUCCAAGGAACGACUGUUGGAUUUGAACUGCAGACCUUUGAUUUAGCAGCUGAGCUCUUAACCACUGCAACCAUGGAAAAACCUCCCUUUAUUCACCCAGCUGAACUUGAGAGAAGUCACACUGGGGAGAUCAUGUGAAUAUAAGGUACUUGGGAACAUCUGUAUGUUGUUUUCUCUUCUUAGACAACAUGUGAGAUAUUGCACUGCAGAUUGAUCUUAUGAAUGUUAAGGAUAAGGGAAGUCUUCAGCGUCCCUCCUCCCUCAAUACCUCAAACACUGAAGAGACUGUGACUGUAAGCAUUGUGUGAAAACCAUUAAUCACAUUAUUUUCCUUUUUGUGCCCAAGGAAAUUGAUAAGAGCGGAGGCAUCUUAACAAAGUUACAAAUGUGUAAUUUAACACUGCCUUAUCCACAGGGGCAUUAAUUUCCAGUUUAUAUUUUCAGAUGUACACAUUAAGGUGAAAAUAUCUUUCUUAAAUUGACUUCCAAUUCUGUGGCAUGAAUUUUGAUAAGUACAGUUUGCAUUUUGUUUAUAUAAAAAUUAUCUUCAUUAGAAAGUCUCAUAAACAUUGGUGUUUCGAAAUAUUUUCUAUGAUCAAUUGUCAAGUUUUGAUAUUUUAUUGGUAUAUAAAGUAGUACUCAUUGUAGAAAACGUAUUUUAACUGAGAAGCGUAUGGAAAAGCAAAAAUCACUAGAAUUUUACCACUCGGGUAUUUUUUGAGAUUUCCUUGUGUGCAAAGUAAUGGUAUUGACAGAAUUACUGUAUGUUUAUAGUUGUAGUGGACGUUUUGCAUCGCAUCUAAUUGUCUCAACUGCUGUCAUUAUUCCUGGAUUACUGAUGAGGAAAUGGCACAGAAAGUUUUAACUGUAAUUCCCACCAUCUCACAGAAGGGCCCUACUCUCAAAUGGCAGUGAGAGUAGCAGGGUUUGCAUGGAAGGCCAGCUCAUUCUGGGGCCCAAGGGAAUGAAAUGACACUAAGGGCACCAAAAAAUUGGACUUCAUGAAAAUUAAAAACUUCUGUGUCUCAAUAGACAUUAUCUAGAAAUUGAAAAAACAGCUGCCAGAAUGAGAUAAAAUAUUUGCAGAUCAUGUAUGUGAUAAGUAAUAUUAUCUAAAGUUUUAUAGCUCAACAGCUAAGACAAACUACCUAAUUUAAAAGUGGACAAAGGACCACAACAUGGAUAAACCUGAAAAGUUUUAUACUAAAUGAAGAAAGUUGGACACAAAAGGCCACAUGGUGUAUGAUUGCAUUUAUAUGGAAAAUUUAAAGUAGGCAAAUCCAUAGACAGGAAGCGGGUUGGUGGUCGCCUGGAACGGGAGGGAGGGAAGAAUGGAAAGUACCUGCUUUCUGGAUACAGAGUCACCUUUUGGGGGUGACGAAAAUGAUUUGGAACUAGAUAGAGGUGAUGGCUGCCCAAUAUAUUUAAUGUAUUAAAUACCAUGAGAUUCACUUUAAUAUGUUUUUUUGUUACAUGAAUUACACUAAUAAAAACAACUUAUAACAAGGCUAAAAACACCAGGGCAAAAGAACAUUUCAUUGAUAAGAGUCAAAGGAGGGGCCUCCUGUGCUGUGCACUGAAGAACAGUAGCUCUCUUUUCCAGGGCACUGCAGGUGCAGGGCCUCUGCUAAGCCAACUGCACUCAUGUUGCUUCCAGGCCUGUAGAGCCCCUGCAGGGAGAUUGGCCCAGGGGCUCAUGGUCAGGAGACAUGAUACCUGCUGUUGAAGGAGGUCACGAAGGUA